CUAGGGGCUCGACGGGGACGGAUGGAGCUUGCACCUCAGCCAGCCGUCUCCCCAGGAGCAGCCUGGGCUUGAGGGGAGGGGGCUUUCCGGCCAAGUGCAGGCCUCCAGGGGUGGGAGAGGGGGCUCCAGCUCUGUGUGGAGCCCUGUGUGUAAAUAUAGGCCCCAGGUGUGGGGGCCUAGGGAGCUUCAGGUGGUCUGGGGGAGGUGGCUCCAACUGAAUCUGGGAACCCCAGGUGUAUGCAAAGGGAGGGGCUCUGGGUGAAUGUGGGGAGGCUCUAGGUGUGUGUAGACCUCUGCUGUGGAAGCUCCAGGUGUGCGCUGGGGCUUGGGGAUCCAGGGGUGAGUGUGAGAGCCCAGAUGUGUGCAGAGGGGCGAGGGCCACCGGAGUGUUGGGUGGGAGGGUGGGCGGGUGCCACAGCUUGGCUUCGAGGAAUUCUCCCUUCCCACUCCACCGCACUACCAGGUAAAGGAGCUCGAGGCUUUGGGAGGGGAGCCCUGAUCCGCCUGAAUAUCUGGCCGGCGGUCCAAGGGGCCUGCAAACAGCUGGAGGUCUGUGAGCACUGCGUGGAGGGAGACAGAGCGCGCAAUCUCUCCAGCUGCGUGUGGGAGCAGUGCCGGCCAGAGGAGCCAGGACACUGUGUGGCCCAAUCUGAGGUGGUCAAGGAAGGUUGCUCCAUCUACAACCGCUCAGAGGCAUGUCCAGCUGCUCACCACCACCCCACCUAUGAACCGAAGACAGUCACAACAGGGAGCCCCCCAGUCCCUGAGGCCCACAGCCCUGGAUUUGACGGGGCCAGCUUUAUUGGAGGUGUCGUGCUGGUGUUGAGCCUACAGGCGGUGGCUUUCUUUGUGCUGCACUUCCUCAAGGCCAAGGACAGCACCUACCAGACGCUAAUCUGACCCCUUUGGGCCUGGACUCCAUCCUGAGGGGAAAGGAGGAUGCAGAGGCUGGCCUCUGGGCACCCUUGUGGGUAAGCGGGGGGCGGGGGCGGGAAAACCUCUGGCCGCCAGUUUUUGGCUCCUGCGGGCACCAAGCAGGCUCAGUGUCUGAUGCCUGACAUCUCCUCCUGUCCUGGGCCUGGAACCUGCAGCUGAGAACAUCCCUCAACCGCCUCGUCUCCUCCAUCGCCCCUGCUGGGCCCCCCAGCCUGACAGUGGGUUGUAUGCCUGCCUCUUUCCACCAACUGGCCUGGGCACUGCCCCCAAAUAAAGGAACUCUGCACUGCGCUUCA